AUGAACAAGCCUACUUUAAUAUUACUUGCCCUCUUCGCACUUAUUGUCAUUGUCAGCGGAUAAGAUCAACUUAAUCUAGUUGGCUAAGAAUUACGUGAUCUCGGAGAAGAUGAAUCUGAUACACUUAGAGACCUAAAAUCAGUGAAGAGAGAACUAAGAAAACCAAAGAGAGCUCUCGAAGCAAGAGAAUUGCCGGGGCAUUUGAUUCUUUGA